CAAGUCAUCACAAGCAAUUUUGCAUAUCAAUCAUUAUAUAUCCUUCCUGCUAUUCACAAAAAAAUGCCUCUUUCACUAACCAUUGAGAAAGAAUUUGCUCAAACCUCAGAAAGGGUUAAAUCUGUGGAUCAACAUCCAACUGAGCCAUGGAUUUUAGUAAGUUUGUAUUCAGGAACUGUUUGUAUCUGGAACUACCAGUCACAGACCAUGGAGAAGUCCUUCAAGGUCACUGAGUCACCAGUGAGGUCAGCCAAGUUCAUAGCACGCGAAAACUGGAUUGUCACCGCGUCUGAUGACAAAUACAUUCGUGUAUACAACUAUGAUACGAUGGAAAAGAUCAAAGAAUAUGAAGCCCACACAGACUUUAUCAGGGGUGUUGCUGUCCAUCCUACUCUACCAUAUCUGUUGUCAUGUUCUGAUGACAAGGUUAUAAAGCUUUGGGAUUGGGACAGGGAUUGGUCAAGUACUCAGAUCUUCGAGGGGCAUUCGCACUAUGUGAUGCAAGUGGCAUUUAAUCCGAAAGACACCAAUACUUUUGCUAGUGCAUCGCUUGAUGGAACCAUUAAGAUAUGGAACAUUGGUUCUCCUACCGCAGAGUUUACCUUAGAUGGCCACUCAAAAGGAGUUAAUUGCAUCGAUUACUUCAGUUGCAGGGAUAAACCAUAUCUAUUGAGUGGCUCAGAUGACUUUACUGCUAAGGUAUGGGACAUUGAAACAAAAAGUUGUGUGCAAACUCUAGAAGGUCAUGCGCACAAUGUAACAGCUGUAUGUGUUCAUGCUGAGCUUCCCAUAAUAAUUACAGUUUCUGAGGAUGGGAACAUUCACAUAUGGAAUGCAACCACUUUUAGGCUAGAGAACAAAUUGAACUAUGCUCUUGAAAGAGUAUGGGCCAUUGGACACUUGAAAGGAUCAAACAAGGUUGCAUUUGGUUUUGACAAAGGAACCAUUGUGGUUAAAAUGAAUGGCUCUCAUACUUGGGAUUGUUGACCUCCAAGCUUAGAAGGAAAGGUUGAAGGAAUAAAGACAUCGAAUGCUGCGCAAUUUGUACUGUGUUUUCUGAAGUAGUUAGACUAAAGGAAUAAUUAAUUUCACUUAAAACUUGCUGCUCCUGCUAUUACUGUUGUAUGAUUCGCAAAUAAAACUUAUCUUUGUGUGUUUUGUAGUAUAUCCCAGGAGGGAACAUGUUGUAAGGAUUAAUCGAAAUGGAAUAUAUGUGUUCUUUAACAAA